GUACCCCCCCAGCUGCCACGAUGUCCAGCAAACGUGCCAAAGCCAAGACCACCAAGAAGCGCCCGCAGCGCGCCACGUCCAAUGUGUUCGCCAUGUUUGACCAGUCGCAGAUCCAGGAGUUCAAGGAGGCUUUCAACAUGAUUGACCAGAACCGCGAUGGCUUCAUCGACAAGGAGGACCUGCACGACAUGCUGGCGUCCCUCGGGAAGAACCCCACUGAUGAGUACCUGGAGGGGAUGAUGAGUGAGGCGCCGGGGCCCAUCAACUUUACCAUGUUCCUCACCAUGUUUGGGGAGAAGCUGAAUGGCACCGACCCCGAGGACGUGAUCCGGAACGCCUUCGCUUGCUUUGAYGAGGAGGCCUCAGGCUUCAUCCACGAGGACCACCUGCGAGAGCUGCUGACCACCAUGGGGGACAGGUUCACCGACGAGGAGGUGGAUGAGAUGUAUCGGGAGGCACCCAUCGACAAAAAGGGCAACUUCAACUACGUGGAGUUCACCCGCAUCCUGAAGCACGGCGCCAAGGACAAGGACGAUUAGAGCCCAGGGCCUCUCACCCCUUCUGCCUCAUCCCGUGCACACGCCCUGCCCCUCGGGCUCCCUUGCUGCCCCACAGCAGAUUCCUCCCCUGGGAAACACCUCCCAGGACCAUCACCCUGCGUCAGGACACGCUUGGAGGGGACACACUCCUGUCACUUUGCUGCCCCUUGUCCGUCCGGCCCUCCCCUCUCCCACCACAGACUCACCCCCUGGGACCUCCAGCCUGGCUGUGACCAUCCCCAGCAGCCACUGACUCCAUCAAAGCCGCCAUGCCACUGGUCCCAGGGCCGGGGUGAGCAUCCCCCGCUGGUCUGCAGGGAAUUUGGGCUGGCUCRAGCCUGAGCAAGCCCCAUUCGAGUUUGUCACACAGAGGAAAGACAUCUCUUCCUGUCCUGCCACACCGCCCUCCUUCAGAAAAGAACCUCCACUUUGUCCCUCCUCCCUGGCUGUUCUAUGGCUUUAGAGCCUGAGAUCUGAGGGAUUGGGGAAGCUGAGGGGUGUAUAAAGCCUCAGAGCCUCAAAGGGGUGUGACAGAUGUGUGCUGUGUGUGGCUACCUCGUGCCUGGUACCGUGCUGUGCCUGGGCUUUGGGAAGGUGGGCACUGUGCCUCCCCACYCUGCUGCCCUUGCCAGCCAGGGCCCUUCCAAUGGGGCUGCCUGUUUCUGAAGCCAAAUAGCUCCCAAUCUGUGUAAAAUCAGCUUGAGCAUCAUUUUCUGCCUUAGCUAGGGGCUGAGGGUCGCUCUGCUUGGCCCCCAUGUCAGGAUGGGCUGAGAGACACCUGGCAAGAUGUCAGCCUUGGUUGCCCCAUUAGCUGAUCCCAGGGGCUUGGCCACCCUUCUGUGUCAYCCUGGGAGUAGGGGGGUGAGAAAUGGGGAGGGGGUUUGUCCCCGUGGUUUGGUGGUUUGUUUUUUUAUCACCCUCCUGACAUGGAUGUGGGGGCAUCGGGUGGUGCCACACCCAAACCUGUGGUCUUGAAAUGCUGCUUGCAGCCAAGCCCACCUGCCUGCCCUGGAGGGAGGGGUGAGUUUCCAGCAAUUCUUUGUUUAAAAUGGAGGGACAAACCUACAAAAUAUGGUGAGGGCACAGCACAUGGCAGAGAUGCUCCCAGCAUUGGGAAGGCUUCUGUAGGAUCUGUGGGAGCUCCAGAAGUGUCAGAGAUCUGCCAGGCUCCAGGUGACACUCUCUCACCUGRGAGAUGAUCCAUGAAUGGAAAACUUCUCCCUGGUCUCAGUGCUUCCAUUUUGCAGGCACCACCAACACCAGGAAAAGGGAGCUGAACUGUCAGGGGUGAAGCACUGGCCCUGUGAGCGCCAGGGAGCCCCGCAGGCUCAGGGCUUGUGCUCUGCAGUAGCAGCCCCAAGCCAGCCCCCUCCAGCCUCACAGGUACCGAGCUCCUUCCCUAAUGCCCUCCUUCCCUGGUGCCAGGGAAAACCUAUACUUCUCCCACUUUCAGAGGGAAUUCCUAGGCCUGAGGCUGCUGGAGGACAAGAUCUUUUGUAAAAUCUCCCUCAUGGGGACACCCAGCAGAGUGAACACCCCACAGACAUCCCUUUGGGGCAGAGGAGCUGAUGCUGGAGCUGUGGGCAGACCAUGUCCUGGGGCAGCUGCAUCCAGGAGGGGUGUUCAGCCCCSUGACCCCAAGGGAUCAGCUGGUGUGACCAGCCCAGAUCUUUGCAGUGCCGCAGCUGGGAUGGGGUCAGUGCUGGUCCUGCCUGGGGGCUGCCACGGGCUACAGCAUGGGGCUUUUGGAGUAGCUGCCUCAAGAAGCUGCCAGAACUGCUCUGUCUGAGCUGGCCCUUCCCUGUGGGCUGUGUAGGCAUUGUGGGACUUCAACCCUGAGGCAGCAAAAUGGAACAAAUCUGUCAAUUGGACAGUGGGGUACAUCUGAGACCAGUAAAUAAAMUUGUUCCACUGGCACAGGGUGCCCAGAGCAGCUGUGGCUGCCCCAUCCCUGGAAGUGUCCAAGGCCAGGCUGGAUACUGGGGCUU